AUGUAUGAUAGAAGAAUGAGAGCUAUGGCAGCACAGUCGGUCUUGUUAACUGGAGAGUUACUUCACAUUAUAUUUUCAGAGUUUACACAUCAAGAUGAUUUAUUCUAUUGUAUGUUAGUGAAUUCAUUAUGGGCUAUG